AUGAGGAGCCUCGUGGUGCUACUCGCAGUCCUCGCUCUGUCCCAGGGCAGUGGGAUCAGCAGGAUCCCUCUGCACAAGGCCAAGUCGAUCAGGAAGGCCCUGAAGGAGCACGGGCUCCUGGAGGACUUUCUGAGGACACACAACUACGCCGCCAGCAGCAAGUACUCCAAGUCUGGGCAAGUGGCCAGCGAACCUCUGUUCAACUACCUGGAUUGCCAGUACUUCGGGAAGAUCCAAAUCGGGACCCCGCCCCAGGAGUUCACUGUGGUGUUUGACACCGGCUCCUCGGACCUCUGGGUGCCUUCCGUCUACUGCAAGAGCGAGGCCUGCCAAAAGCACCGCCGCUUCAACCCAUCCCGGUCCUCCACCUUCCGGGACCUGGGCGAGCCUCUGAGCAUCCAGUAUGGCACCGGCAGCAUGGAGGGCAUCCUGGGCUCCGACACCGUCACGGUCUCCAGCAUCGUGGACCCUCAGCAGACCGUGGGCCUGAGCACCCGGGAGCCUGGGAGCGUCUUCACCUACUCCGAGUUCGACGGCAUCCUGGGGCUGGCCUACCCCUCUCUGGCCUCCGAGUACUCGGUGCCCGUGUUUGACAACAUGAUGAACAAGCACCUGGUGGCCCAAGACCUGUUCUCGGUUUACCUGAGCAGGAACGGCCAGGGGAGCAUGCUCACGCUGGGGGCCAUCGACCCGUCCUACUACACAGGCUCCCUGCACUGGGUGCCCAUCACGGUGCAGGAGUACUGGCAGUUCACCGUGGACAGUGUCACGGUCGAUGGUGUGGUGGUGGCCUGUCACGGCGGCUGCCAGGCCAUCCUGGACACAGGCACCUCCAUGCUGGUUGGGCCCAGCAGUGACAUCCUCCACAUCCAGAAGGCCAUUGGGGCCACGCAGGACCAGUUCGGCAUGUUUGACAUCAACUGCGGGAGCCUGAGCCGCAUGCCCUCUGUGGUCUUUACAAUCAACGGCAAAAAGUACCCACUGCCGCCCUCCGCCUAUACCAGCCAGGACCAGGGCUUCUGCAUGAGCGGCUUCCAGGGCGACGACAGCUCCGAGCAGUGGAUCCUGGGGGACGUCUUCAUCCGGGAGUACUACAGCGUCUUUGACAGGGCCAACAACCGCGUGGGGCUGGCCAAGGCCAUCUGA